UUUGCCGUUGUUUCGAAUGCGAUGCGGCGCGCCAUUUCGCCAUCCUUCCCGAGGAAACACAUUAGACCCAACAAACCCGAAGUUAUCAGCGAGCGAGUCGUGGGGUUGCCGAGUUUUGUGCGGAAGCUGCUUGGCGUGUACACGGAUCUGGCAGUUUACAAGACCAACAACCGACUACAAGAUGGCGGCUUUGCCUCAUCGUGGGCCCAGUUGUGCACGAUCUUCUCUGAGCUGGAGACGUUCCUCGAGGUCCCGCAGCCCCAGAAAGAUGCAGAGAUUCAGCGGCAGUCCGCUGUGUUGGCGUUGAAAGACUUCAUCGAGGCCACAAACUCGGAAGAUCAAACCUCGCCCGAGCAGCUAUGCUCCAUUUGCCUAAGCGAAGAUCCAGCAACCGACCAAGUAAGCUUGCCGUGCGGCCACCACUUCCAUGAAGACUGCGUGAUCGACUGGUUUAGCACCAGAACAACGUGCCCGCUUUGCCGCCGCAGCUCUCAUUGA